AUGGAAGAAACUUACCCAGAUUUUCAAACCUUCUACAGAUUUAAAAUCGCUUGCCAAAGUAUGGUGGAAAAUCCUAAUGACGAGGCAAAUCUUGAGCUAUUAAAUAAAUUGAUCAAAGAUGCUUCCAAGAAUUGUAUAAAAGUAGUACAGCCUUCCGUGCUUGCAUCGUUUUAUCCCAUAAUAAAGGGUAUCUCAACAAAAGAAACAAGAUUUGGUACCAAGUUUAUCCAUAAAUUUAUUGAUACUCUAACAAAUCUAUUCGAAAAAUCUACAAUUGAUAAUAUGGGAUUAUUUUUUAAUAUGUAUUCACUUCUGCUCUAUGUAAUUUAUGAUUCCAGAGAAAAUAAAGUCCUACCAAUUCCAGAGGAAAUGAAGCUCAGUGUUAUGCUUUGCUCCAAAGCCUUGGCACGAUCUGUAUCAACAGAUCUGUUAUCUGAACUUUAUAACAAAGUACAUGCUCCUAAACUGUGCCAGAUGGUCUUUGUUGCCAAAGAGAUUGCCAAAGUUGAGAAACUAAGAAGUUUGAGAAUUGCUGCGAUGGAAUGCCUAAUGUGCAUAGCACAAGUAUUUGAUGACGAGAAUUUUAAUGAUAUAGUACUUAGGAGGCAGUUGGCAGAAGUAUUUAUGUUUUUUCUACCUGGCAUUGCCAGUGACAUAACGAAAAUUGUGCUGGAAGACUCUAAAGUUGGCUUUAAAGUACAAGCUGUAGCCCUCAAAACAUGGGGCAGAAUAGUCACCCUCGUUAUGCAAAACUACGAUGAGAUUUCGAGUGUACCAAACAUUGUAGAGUUUGCCAGAUCAAUGAAAAACAGCUAUAGUAAAGAAAAAGAUAAACCGAUCAAAAAGUGGACUAACAAUGCUGAAAUUACCGAACAUAUUGAAACUACUUUAUUGAACAAGAAGUUUCAUGUAUCGACGGAUCAAAUGUUGCAGAUAUUUGUGAGGGACUUUCGUAAAUUGGCACAUUAUCCUCAAAAGCAGGUUCGCUUGGAACUUUUAAACAUGUGCCAAAUAAUUAUGAACAAUUGCUUAGGGACAAUGCCGUUAUCUUCUAGUCAUCUUAUAGAGAUAGUAAUUGCGCUCACAGAAGAUGUCGAUAAAGAAAUUUCUAAAAAAAGCACCGAAAUAUUAAAUGGUCUAUCCAAUCUUCUCUCAUCUGAAAGUUUAAAAGCAUUUAUAGAAGGUCUGGAAGAAGGUUUCAUAACCGAAAUAAAUUCUUUACCAAGAAGGUUUAACAGUAUCGAUGAGAACGAGCAACUGGCGUCUUUGAACCUGCUUAUAGGGUAUUUAAAUUUGUUCGGGAAACAUAAAUUGCAACAGGUGUUGUUAUCUGCCAAUUAUUUAGACACGUUAUUAACAACGUUACUUUACAUAUGUGAACUUGAAAAGUGUGAUGUUGGUCUAGUGGAAGAAUAUACUACUAAAGAUCUACAUUGUGAACAGGCACCAAAUCAACCCUGGAAGCAAUUUACCCACUUCCAGAAGAUUACCACACGGUACCAGGUUCAAAAAUUGUGCAGCUUGUUAGGAAAAUACGGUACUUUUAGACUGGUUAGCGAUUUUUUACUAGACGUUAUUAUAUAUAACGAAGUCAAUAGGAAAGAAGCGAUAUUUAUAUUAAACGAAGUUAUAUCAGGACUAACUAACGACAAAGAGGGGAUGGACAUAAUGGCGAGUAUUUUGGAAACUUAUGUUGAUAUCAAGUAUUAUCAAGUCCCUCUGGAGGUUAACGAUGACGUCAACCGGAACGAAGUGUUGCAGAAUAUAAUUCAAGUUUGCCUAUUAACGGAGGGCAUAGGAAAAAUUGCCUUAGUGUUGAAGCAACGCUUCCAUCAGUUUAUGUUAAAGAUUUUAUAUAUUGUUUUAGAAAAAACAGGUAGUUCAUAUGAAUAUAUCAGAAUUGCUGGACUAAAAACUUUACACGACAUAACAACAGCUUGUGGCUAUUCUGACUUCAAUGAUCUGAUUACUUCAAAUAUAGAUUAUCUGACGUAUCACAUUGAAAGAAAACUGAAGCCUUGUGAGAACAGCGAACAUGCUUUAGCCGUUUUGACAGUUCUGUUACAGUAUUGUACUGCAGACGUUUUAGAACAUCUGAAAUAUAUUAUAAACACUGUGAUCGAUAGUUUCAAUGAGUCUGGCAUACACAUCAAUUGGUACCUCCAAGUAUUUAAAGUCACCAUCCAAGUAAUAAAGAAAUGGUGGCCAGUUGAAAUAAUAGAAGAAGAUAUCAAGCCCAAAGCAGAAAAAAUGAAGGAAAUCGAGGAUUUCAAAGUGACGGGCGCUGAUAAGGUUGAAGAUAAUUUCUCAGAUGAGAUUAUGGGCAAAACCGCAGAAGAAAUGUACGAGGAGGAUAGACUCAAAAAGACGAGCAGUUAAAUAUGAAUACUGAGGAAGUGGAUGAAGUUGAAGAGUACAAAAAGCCAGAUCCACCGACAAGGAUAAAGAUAACCAUAUCGAUACUAAAACAUUCACUAAAUUUUCUUCCCUCGCCAGUGCAAUCACGCAAAUUAUUAGUAUUAGACAUUUUAACAGAUGGAAUUGAAAUUAUUAAAGAUUAUGAAGACGAUCUUUUGCCCAUAGUGCAUCAAAUUUGGUCUCCUUUGAUCAGCAGAUUUUCCGAGACUCGUUUUCCAAUAGUUAUGACUCUUAGCUUCAGACUUUUAGUGGUACUAGCAAGAGUUUCGAAGGAAUUUAUAAGAAUGAGAACUACAAAGGACGUUCUUCCAAAAAUUCUAAUGUUUAUGAAUGAACUAUCGAAGAACAGUUAUCUGAAAGAUAGAGGAUCCCAAUACAGAUACUCACAAAGCUACAAAUUUCAACAAAUUAUUCUAACACAAUUGGCAACAGUGUUAAUAUAUUUGGAUGUUGCCGAUGAACACGUACAUAAAACCAUGGAUUGUUUUAGACUUUAUUUAAGUGAUAAACAACCCAAGGCGCUACAGGAAGCAGCAUUACAUUUUUUCAAAUGUAUGGCUCGAUAUGAUCCCCCUACGGUGUUAAAUAAAAUAAACUUAUGGAAAAGGAAGACUGUGAUCAAAAUAUUAAAAAUAUGAUAUUAGAAACGUUAAACCAUUAA